AAAUCAUCCAUAGCAUUUAUAAACUUUGGAUAAAUCAACUUGAUGAAUAAAUGACGUCGUUGAGCUUGUGAGCAAGCGCUGUGACCGAUGACAUUUGGUUUAAACCCACUGCUAGGCUAUGUUUGGGGGGACGGAAACAGAAGGCAGUGUUAUGAGGAAGGAGUCGGAGGCCGGUCGUAGCUACACACCGGAAGGAGGAGUUGGCAUGCCACGUGGCCAGGGAGAACAAGGUAGGCCCUCGGGAGAUAAAGAAGAUAUGUUUCAGGCAUUUGGUCUGUUCCGUGAAUAUUUUGAUGCCCAGAUAGAUACGUUGAAAAAAGAACUCUGUAGUAACAAAAGUUCGGUGGAUAAACCGACCAUUCCUAGUUUCAAGAACACUUCCUGUAGAAUUCAAUUCAUGUUCAAUAAGGACAUUUCCUCUCUUUGCCAAUCUAUUAUUGAUUGCGAGAACUUGGACACGGCCAAAGCGAAAGCUAAAGAAUCAUUAAAGAAACUAAAUCAUAGAAACAAACUUGUGCGUUUAGCAGACUCUUCUCCCGGGGGCUGGGCCACUGUUAAGGAGUACGAAACUCCAGACAUUGGCUCAGACAGUGAUGACGAAAAGAAAAUUCGCAAGGCCGAGUCCAAGGCAAUCAAAAAACUCAAAUCUGAUAAUUCAAACAGCUUUGUUUCAUUUUCUCGCCGCGCUGGUCCACCGCCAACGGCCACCGUGACGUCAGCGACUUCCGGCCAAGGCUACUUCUCCAGUCCUGCGUUCUCCAAUCGAGCGACAUUCAUGGUCAUGGGUAGGGAUAGACAGCAGCUUUUUCGCCCCUACCACCCUUACCAAGCGAGGUCCAACGCCAACACCAACGCCAUCUGUUUCGGUUGCGGACGGAAAGGACACUUCCGGCGGGAGUGCGAGCUGGUCGGCGGGUCGUCUGUCAAACGAGAGAGCGGCAUCGGAGGGCCUCAACAAUGAUAAGUAUUUUCAUGAUGAUAGUGACUGUUUGGGUGAAAAUGACAUUGAUAGGCAUUGUUUAGACAAGUAUAGUCCAGUUUCAGGCAUAAGUGUAAAAGGAAAUUUAAAGUCACAUGUUUCUUUUUGGAAAACUAUUGGUGCUAAUCCAGAUGUUGUAGACACUAUAGAAAACGGAUAUAAAAUCCCCUUUCUGAAAAGUCCUGAUAAAUCCUUUUCAAACAAUAAUAAAUCGGCAUUGUUAAAUAUGGAUUUUGUUGAGGAAACUGUAUGUGACAUGCUCAAAAAUGGCUUUAUUAUUGAAAGUAAAACAAUUCCAUAGGUGGUGAGUCCUUUAAGUGUGUCAAUUAAUUCUGUCGGAAAGAAGAGAUUAAUUUUAGAUCUUAGAAUUGUAAAUAAAUGUAUUUGGAAAGAAAAAAUGACAUUUGAAGAUUGGAAAACAGGAAUAGAAUAUUUUGAUAAAGAUAGCUUUUGUUUCAAGUUUGAUUUGUCUAAAGGUUACUAUCAUAUUGACAUUUUCCCAGAGCAUCAGACGUUUUUAGGCUUUAGUUUAAACGGAAAAUACUAUUGUUAUUCAGUCGUUCCGUUUGGAUUGAGUUGUGCCCCUUUUUGUUUUGUUAAAACAUUACGUGAAAUUGUCAAAUAUUGGAGAUACAAUUCAAUUAAGAUUGUCAUGUUUCUCGACGAUGGCUGGGGUACUAACAAGAAUUUUGAAAGUACAACGAAGGAUGCUAAAUUUGUCAGAAAAAGUUUAUUUGAUGCAGGUCUUGUGGUAAAUGAAGAAAAAUCAGUUUGGUAUCCAGUACAAAGACUUGAAUGGAUAGGUUUACUCUGGGACAGUGCACAAUUUUC